CUCUAAAUCUUGAGAGCAUAACAGACUCUUAGAAUUGGCUGACCUGAAAUGGGAGAUAGGCCUCCCAGAGGCCAGUGGAGAUGGGUGGCUGGGAGGGAUCCUCAUCAUUUCUCUACAUUUUCUUAAUUGAAAACUAAGGAGGUGACAUAAUAGGGGCUCCCUCCCAUGCCACGCAUUUCUAUUGUUUCUGGGUUUCUCUCCCUUUUCCUUUCUUGCCAGCAUGUUGAAAUUUCAAUCCUUGCCUAUUCCAUAACUAUAUAUGCAGGUAUUUCUAAUUUUUUUUAUUCAUUUGUUAUAAUCUAUUUGUCAAGAUAUAUUUCCUAAUCACAAAGUAUUUAACUACUAAUAAUGACACUCAAUUUUACCCUCAUGCACUCCGAAUUGGAUAUUUCCAGUGAUAGGAAGUUAAAACUGAAGCCUUUUGGUAGUAACAUUUUAGAUCGACUAGGUGUACGAAACUGACCUAGCUUAUUCUUACCGAUGUAUAUUACAUGGUUCAUGUAUUCAUUAAACUUGUAAUCUACAUUUUUUUUAAAAACCCUCCCAACGGUUGAAGAGAUAGAAAAAAGAUCUAAAAGACGACAACAACCAAUUUGGAAUCUCAUUUGUUCAAUUCUUGCUUGUUACUUUUGUUGUCAAAUUUGUUGAGAUCUAUGCUUGUUCAACCUUCUUUCCAUGUGGGACUCUAGCAUCUGAAUUUUAAGAGUCAGUGCUAGCUCUAUAUUCUUCCCAUGCCUGUUGAAGUUGUACGGGGCAUGUAUACAUAUGCCCUUGAUCAAGAUAGAUCGUGCUUUGCGCUCAGAUACAAAUACAAGAUAAAACGAAGACUCAUCAUAAAUUAAAUAUUAGGUUGUGAGCUAUAUUAGUUCAGUCACAAAAUCAGUUAAGAACUGUUAGCACAUGAGAGCUACAUAAGAACUCCUUUCUAUUGUAAUCAGGAAUCAGUUUCGUUUCUCUCUAAAACCCAAAAAGAUUUUAGAAAAACACAAACAGUAGAUUUCAUGUUUGUAAAGACUGAGGAUUUGAAUUGUUUAUGGGAUCAUCAGUAUGUAUUUGUGUGUGUAUAAUAUAUAGAUGAAAGGGUGUGUAGAGGAAAAUAUCUGAAAUGUGGACAGAGUUUAAUGGAGACAAUUGGGUGGGGAUUGGAAAGAGGCAUAAGCAUUUGAGGGUCACAUGGUCUGUUUUCCAUCUCAAUCUCAAGAACUUGGUUGUUAUUAAGUCUGUAUGUUUGUUGGAGAACAUGAUGCCCGACAAUACAGGCUUCAGACAUAUCUGUCCAUAGAUUAGCAAUGUUUAGACCACAUCACUCUUGUAAUUAUAUAUUACUUACAUAUGUAUGCAUUACCUGCUAAGUGUCCAAUAAUCAAUCUUUAGACCAAAUUACUGGAUGGAAUAAGACGUAGGGAACGGUGUUUGUACAUGGGGAUACAGUUUGGUCAUUUGCAUGUGGAGAUGAUUUAUGUGAGUAGGAAGACAAACCAUGUUAUGUUUUGAUUUCUCACAAGCUAGUAUCCUUCAAUGGAGCCCAUCUCUGCUCCUCGAGACCGCUCAUUUCAUGCAGCAGGCCAUACUCUUUCAUCUAUAUAUACACAAGAGAUCAGGUUCAUAACCAGCACUCAAGUCUCUCUCCUUGCCAAGCAUCAAAGUCUUCUCUGUUUCCCAAGUCCUCUGAAUUCUUUUUCUUGUUCUAAUUUUCCACUUGAGAAUAUAAAAACCAUGGGAUUCCGGUUGCCAGGAAUUGUUAACUCCAAGAAGGGUCUAAACAAGGCUGCUACUUCAAAGACCUUAGACAUCCCAAAAGGCUAUUUUGCAGUGUAUGUUGGGGAGAGCCAGAAGAAGCGAUUUGUGGUUCCAAUAUCAUACUUGAAUGAACCUUUGUUCUUGGAUUUGCUGAGUCAAGCAGAAGAAGAAUUUGGAUAUGAUCAUCCAAUGGGUGGUAUCACAAUCCCCUGCAGUGAUGAAACCUUCAUUCAUCUCACUUCCCGCUUAAGUGUAUGAAUGAAGGCAAAUGAAGUGAAUCUGGUUCAUAUCCAAAUCAGCCUCAGUUCGAUCAGAAGAACUCGCCAUGUCAAGAUGAAGUAGAGGCUGUGAUUGAUCAUAUGCACAUUUUUCUGUU